AUGAAGUUCAAAGGCCUGUUUGCGAACAUGUGCAAGGCCAUCGGCAAGGGUGCACUGUCCCAGAGUUUGCCGCGGCCGAGCCAAAUGCCAUUCGAGCCGCACGAGAUCGCCACCUUCCUCGGGUACGUGCUGCGGAAGCGAGGCGAUCCAAAGCUACCCACCGAUCCGGACGGCCUGUACCAGACCGUCGAGGCAGCGUGCAACGCUGCGGACCUGGCGUUCGACGGGAAGUCAGCGAAGAUGGCGCCCCCUGUGAACCUGAAGCUUCUCUCGAAGGCCCUGAGGAAGAAGCCCAAGGCGGUGGACCCCAAUCAAAACAGGCCCCGGAACAGCAGGUGCUGCUUGAUGUGA